AUGGUUGAAGAUUUGGGAUUGGGUGGAGGAGGGGAUGCUAUGGUGAAGAUUUGGUGGCGAUUGAACGCCGGCCGUCGCCGUAGACGAUUUCCGGCGGACGGCGGGCAGUGGCUUAGGGCGGAGGGGGCUAGUCAACUGGAAACAAGAGAUCAUCUAUGUGCUGAGUGUGACUUCACUAAGGCUAUAUGGAGGAAAAUGCAGCAAUGGCUGCAAAGAAAAGGGAUAGCAGUGCAGACUUGGAACAAGCACAUAGAAUGGGCUAUCCAUAAUGCCAAAGGAAAAUCGCAGCAAGCUCAAAUCUUCAGAAUAGUGUACGCUGAGUGUAUCUAUGCUAUAUGGAUGGAAAGGAACCAUAGAAUUUUUGAAAAGAAACACCGGAUCUGGGAAAUAAUUAUGCGAGAAGUUGCUUAUAUUUGUCAUGUAAGAUCAGCUCCAAGAGUUAAGGUUUUGAUACAAAGUUUCAUUUUUUAG